CGGGACGCCCCGGGCUCGGCGGGAACAUGCCUGCGCUGGUGCCCGUGCGCGUGCGCGUCACGGCGCUGCUGCUGCUGCUGCUUCCGCUGCCGGCGCUCGUGGCUUCCGGAGCCGCCGGCGGUACCGUCGGCAUCCCCGGCUCGUCUCCCGCCGCCGCAGAGGAGCAUCGGAACCACGGCGGCGGGGGGUACCGCGUGGUCCAGUGGGAGUGGACGUACGUGCAGACCCCAUACGUCAUCGCCGUCUGGCUCCUGGUGGCCAGCGUGGCCAAGAUCCUGUUCCACCUGUCGCAGCGCUUCACCACGGUGGUUCCCGAGAGCUGCCUGCUGAUCCUGCUGGGUCUGGCGCUGGGCGGCUUGGUUCUGCUGGCCAACGAGAAGCAGCUGUACCAGCUGGAGCCCGCCCUCUUCUUCCUCUUCCUGCUGCCCACCAUCGUGGGCGACGCCGGCUACUUCAUGCCCGCCCGCCUCUUCUUCGACAACCUGGGCGCCAUCCUCACCUACGCCGUGGCGGGAACGCUGUGGAACGCUUUCUGCACGGGGUUCGCGCUUCACGCCGCCAGCCUGGUGGGACUGAUCGACCGGCGCGUGGAGGCGGGCCUGAUGGACUUCCUGCUGUUCGGAGCGCUGAUCUCGGCCGUGGACCCGGUGGCCGUGUUGGCCGUCUUCGAGGAGGUUCACGUCAACGACAUGCUCUUCAUCAUCGUCUUCGGAGAGUCGCUGCUCAAUGACGCCGUCACCGUGGUGCUGUACAAGGUUUACAUUUCCUUUGUGGAAGUCGGGGUGGAGAACGUGCAGACGGCCGACUACUUCAAAGGGAUCGCGUCCUUCCUGGUGGUCAGCGUGGGCGGGACCUUGGUGGGUCUGGUCUUCGCCGUCCUCCUCAGCUUCAUCACGCGCUUCACCAAAAAGGUUCGAAUCAUCGAGCCGCUCUUCGUCUUCCUGAUGGUCUACCUGGCGUACCUCACCGCCGAACUCUUCUCGCUGUCCGCCAUCUUGUCAAUGACCUUCUGCGGCAUCGGCGCCAACAAGUACGUGGAGGCCAACAUCUCGCAGAAGUCUCGGACCACCGUCAAGUACACCAUGAAAACGUUGGCCAGCAUCGCCGAGACCCUCAUCUUCAUCUUCCUCGGCAUCUCGGCCGUCGACAAGUCCAAGUGGGCCUGGGACACGGGCUUGGUCGCCUGCACCCUCGUCUUCAUCUUCAUCUUCAGAGCCGCGGGUGUGGUGGGUCAGACCUGGGUCCUGAACCGCUUCCGUCUGGUCCCGCUGGAAAAGAUCGACCAGGUGGUGAUGUCCUACGGUGGCCUGCGGGGGGCCGUGGCCUUCGCUCUGGUGGUCCUGCUGGACGGCAAACGCGUCAAGGCCAAAGACUACUUUGUGGCCACCACCAUCGUGGUGGUCUUCUUCACCGUCAUGUUCCAGGGCUUGACCAUCAAACCGCUGGUCAAGUGGCUGAAAGUUCCUCGCUCCACCAGCAGGAAGCCCACCAUCAACGAGGAGAUACACGAGAGGGCCUUCGACCACAUCCUGACGGCGGUGGAGGACAUCGCAGGCCUUCAGGGCUAUCACCACUGGCGGGACAAAUGGGAGCAGUUCGACAAGAAUCACCUGAGCAAGCUCCUGCUGCGCAAGUCGGUGUACAGGAAGAGCGAGCUGUGGGAGGCCUACCAGAAGAUCAACAUCCGAGACGCCAUCAGCCUCAUCGACCAGGGCGGGAAUGUUUUGACUUCGGCCAGACUCUCGCUGCCCUCCAUGAGCGGCGGGGCUUCCUUCCCAGACGCCUCCAACGUCACCAACUACCUGCGCGAGAACGGCAGCGGCGUGUGUUUGGACCUUCAGGUCAUCGAUAACGUUCCGGGCGGCAAGGUGGAGGAGGACAUGGAGACCCAUCAUUUCCUGGCCGAAAACCUCUACAAACCCAGGCGGCGGUCGGCACUUCAUGCCGGCGGGCGAGAAAGAGCGUCAAGAUCGCGAGGUUUUCCAGAGGAACAUGAAGAGCCGCAUGGAGACCUUCAAGUCGGCGCGGCACAAGCGGCACAAGAAGGAGCGAGCGCUCAAGAAGCGACGAGGUUCCGACGCCAAAGACGACGCCGGGGACAAAGCCGGAAGGAACCUCGGCUGGCGGGACCGAGAUGAAGAUGAGGAUCAAGGCGAGCGUCCAGACCCCGAGAAGGACGAAGAUGUCGGGAUCACUUUCAUUGCCAUGAAACCGGAAACUCCCAAAC